AGUUCGCGUGAUAACAAAUCCCAAUACAGUUAUGUUUUCUGGCGAUCUAGGUACCUUUGCUAUUUCUUGUCAUUUCUGCGGAUUAAUAUUUGUAUGAGGUUUCCUUAUUUUACCAAAUAAUUGUUGGUUUUCUUUAUUACUAUCAAUAAUUAAAUUUUAAAAGAAGCUGUAUGAGCCUUUCUACGAAUUGGUCUACAAAUAUUUCACCAUUUUCAUCACCAAACAAAAAUAUGGUUUUCCAAUACGAUCAACAUGCCACAAGUGUUGCUGCAAAAAUGCUAAAAUUCUAUGAAAGAAAAGAACUCUCCGAUAUUGUCCUCAUAGCUGGUGCUCAGGAUAGCAUUAAAAUUCAAGCUCACAAAAUUGUUUUGUCAUCGUUGAGUGAGUAUUUUUUCGAACAAUUUAAUAGCAAAGCCGCAACUUCGAACGUUAAAGAAAUUAAAUUCAAAGAAAUCGAAGCUCCAACACUAAAAUUAAUAAUAGAUUACAUAUAUUUCGGCUUGAUCAAUUUGAAUUUCGAUGGAAUUGAGCCAAUUUUACGCGGUGCGUUGUUGUUAAAGAUUCCGAGCUUAGUCAAAGGGUGCUGUGAUUUUUUAGAAACAAAUUUCAACGUUUACAAUAUUUUGCAUUGGUUGCAUUUGGCCAACCAACUCAAAUUAACUGAACUUUAUGAAAAAUCUUUAGGCUUUGCUUAUAGCCACUUUGAGGGAGUAACUAACCAACCUAAGUUUUUGCUACUCAACGAAAUUGAUUUGAAGGAAUUACUUUUUGAAAAAAAUCCUUCUGACGAUUUGGAGGAGCAAGUAUUCGUUAGUUUGGUGGCUUGGAUAAAAUACGAAAAGGAUAAAAGAAAACAUUUAAUAUUUCGACUGCUUUCAAUGAUUCGCUAUCAACUUCUUAGACCAAAACUUAUCUUUCAAAAUAGAAAGUCGCUUUGUACAACUGUUGAGAGCUGCGAAUUGAUUUUUCGUUGGCUUGAAUACCAUUUAUGGCCAGAAUCUCUGACAAAUGAAGAGCAAAAUCUAUAUUUAGAAUCUAAAUUUAGCAAUGAAGUGGAAUUAGGAAUUAGACCCGAUGAAUUUUCUGUUAUUUUAUUGUAUCCUUCUUGUGAAGCUAAGAUCCGAACCUAUAAUCAAACAUCAAUGACCUGGAGUUUAGGAAACCGACCAAUUCCAUUUCCAACAAACAGAUACGGCCAUACUACUAUUGUAAUUGAUGAAAAGUUAUAUGUAGUUGGAGGAUCAAUAGAUUCUUUGAUAAGUUCAAACAUCGUUGAGUGCUUAGAUUUGAAAACAUUCAAAUGGACUAAAUUGCCACCAAUGCGAGUUGCUAGAUGCGAUAGUCAGUUGGCAAAUUUAAAUGGACAUUUAUGCAUCUUUGGCGGUUUUCGGGAUUGCUAUAACUAUAAAAGAGACUUUAUUCAGUCUGUGGAAAUUUUUAAUUUCUCAACGAAGAAAUGGAAUGAUAUAGAACCGAUUUUUCCACCAAGACAAGACAAUCGCAUUACUGGCCGUAAUGGCAUUUUGUAUAUAUUUAAUUAUGAGGGUGGCUUUGUGGAAAGUUAUAAUGUUUUCACCAAUCAAUGGUCCGUACAACAUAUUUUACCAAUACGUGAAAAAAAAGAGAGUAUUGGAGAUUUCCGAGUUGUGGCAGUUGGUAAUUUUUUGUAUAGUAUACUUGGUGGGGAGUUUGGACAAGGAUAUUAUUGGACUACUAAUAGAAAUCUUUUUAUUAAACGUUUGGAUUUAACGAACGGCACCUGGAAUUACGUUGGUCUCGGAGAACAAAAGGGGCGACUUGGAAAAAUGUUAUCAGUUGUUGGAAAUAAAAUUAUGUUUGUGAACGGAAACAAUUUUAUCGCAGAAUAUGAUCAUAAAACUCAGCAUUUCAAUAAUAUUCCCACAUCUACAGAAUAUGACUACAAUGCAUAUGUUUGCCCUUCGCGGUAUUAAUAUUAUUGUAAAUUGUUAUUUUGCAUUACUACAAAAUAUGUUAUAUAAAAAUGUAGUUAUUUGUAAACUACCAUUAUGUUCUUAUAAUUUUAAUAUAAAAAUGAAAUUAAUUGAUGAAAUUUUUAUCUUUUUCUAAAAAAAUACAAAGUCAAUUUUGAUUCUGUAAAUAGUUGAAUUAUGAAAAAUAAAUGUCUCCCAUUGUUGACAAACAUA